AUGGAGGACCAGCAGCAACCAAGCCGGCCAAGAGGGCGCGGACCAAUCGUGGGUCUAAGUCCUCCCAGCGGCAGCACGAAACGUAGAGCACACGAUGCGGAGGAUGAGCACACGCCGCCCGCGGUGGGCACCAAGAGGGCUCGCAGCAGCAGUGGCGGCAAAGAGCGAGAGGAGGGCGGAGCGACGCCUACUGCCGGCAACGGCCUACCAGCCUCGCCUGCCCCACGUGCGCCCUCGCCGUCGUCCUCGUCCUCGUCCUCAUCGUCGGUGCCGCCAAAGGGGGCGAGCCCGGGGCAGCGAGCUGCCAGCCCCCAGGGAACGCCGCUGCGUGCAGCAGCAGCAGGCCUGCCGGUCCUGGUGGCCGCCAUGCGCAGCUGCCGCUCCGUGGACCACUACGAGCGCCUCAACCGCAUCCAAGAGGGCGCCUAUGGCGUCGUCCACCGGGCGAAGGACAAGGAGACGGGGGAGGUGGUGGCGCUGAAGAAGUUCAAGAUCAAGGGCGACGAGUCGUUCCCGGUGACGGCGCUGCGGGAGCUGGCGGUGCUGAUGGAGAUGGACCACCCGAACGUGGUGCGGGCCAAGGAGAUCGUGAUCGGGAAGGACCCCAACUCGUUCUACCUGGUGAUGGAGUUCCUCGAGCACGACCUCAAGGACCUCAUGACCGCCAUGCGCGACCCCUUCCUCCAGUCCGAGAUCAAGUGCCUCCUCCAGCAGCUCCUGGAGGCCAUCGCCUACAUCCACGACAACUGGUACCUCCACAGAGACUUGAAGACGUCGAACCUGCUGCUGUCGAGCAAGGGCAUCCUCAAGGUGGCCGACUUUGGCCUGGCCCGGCACUACGGCGACCCGCUGCGCCCCUACACCCAGCCCGUCGUCACUCUUUGGUACCUCGCCAAGCGGCCGAUUGAUCCGUAUCGCGCGCCCGAGCUUCUCCUCGGGGCCAAGGAGUAUUCGUGGGAGAUCGACAUGUGGGCGGUGGGCUGCAUCUUUGCCGAGAUGCUCUGCAAGGAGCCCCUCAUGAAGGCCCAGACAGAGCUCCAGAUGAUCGACCAAAUAUUCAAGAUGCUCGGCACGCCCAACGACGACGUGUGGCCCGGCUUCAGCGAGCUGCCCUUCGUCAAGAAGAUGAAGUUCAAGACGUACCCGUCGGCGAUACGGCAAAGGAUGUUCUCGGCCACCACCGACGCGGGGUUCGAUCUGCUGAUGAGCUUCCUGGCCUACGACCCCAAGAAGCGCAUCACCGCGCGAGAGGCCCUCUCCCACCGCUACUUCACCGAACCCCCUCUCCCGCGCGAGCCCGGCAUGAUCCAGACCUUCCCCUCCCUCCACGAGGGCACGCGGCCUCGCCCGAACUCGCCGGGUGUGGAGGGCGGCCUCUUUGGCGCCCACCUCCUGAGCGACUCGACGGACGCGCACGCCGCGCUGGGCAUCGACCCCUACGGUCACCAGCCAACCGGGUUCAAGCUCAGGUUUUGA